AUGGCAGAUAUCGUGGCUUCAAACCGCGAUCGCCUACUCAAAGCUGCAGUUGAAGCAAAGACAUUUGCAUACGUGCCUUACUCCAAAUUUCGUGUGGGAGCUGCUCUUCUCACUGAGGACGGCGAAAUCAUCAAAGGUGCUAAUAUCGAGAAUGCCUCGUACGGAGGUACUAUUUGUGCAGAGCGCACUGCAUUCGUGAAGGCAGUGAGUGAAGGCAAGCGUAAGUUUGCGGCCCUCGCUGUCACAACCGACGUUGCCUCGCCAAUUGCGCCUUGUGGGAUGUGUCGUCAAGUAAUUCGCGAAUUUUGUUCCCUCGACAUGCCCAUCCUAUUGGCUGCUUCUUCUUACAUAGAGAAGGAAGAUGGAGUACGAGAAUCUACUCUUGGGGAAUUACUUCCAUUUAGUUUUGGACCUGAAGAUUUGGAAAGAGAUCGUAGGUUAAGAUACCUGUUUGAACUCAUCUAG